AGCGGCGAGAUGAGAGAAAGCCUCGAGAUGAAGGCAGGGGAGGGUGGUUAUUUAGCGUAAAAAUAACAGUUUAGACACAGUUGAAUUAAUUUUCAAAAAGAGACUACAACAGUCUCCACAAGGAAGAGUCUUGUAUUACAUUUACAUAUAUAGACUCAGUCAGCACUGGAUAUUUGGGGUGUUACAGAACCGUCACCAUGGCAACAGAUAUCAGCUCUCCUCCCCGUUUCUUCCAUAUGCCUCGGUUCCAGCACCAAGCGCCUCGGCAGCUGUUCUACAAGAGGCCAGACUUUGCCCAGCAGCAGGCUAUGCAGCAGCUCACAUUUGAUGGCAAGCGCAUGAGGAAAGCUGUCAACCGCAAGACCAUUGAUUAUAAUCCUUCUGUCAUCCGAUAUUUGAAGAAUCGGUUGUGGCAACGAGAUCAUCGAGACUUCCGUGCUAUUCAACCAGAUGCAGGCUGCUACAAUGACCUUGUUCCUCCAGUUGGUAUGCUUAAUAACUCUAUGAAUGCUGUUACGACAAAGUUUGUCAGAACCUCCACCAACAAAGUCAAAUGCCCUGUGUUUGUUGUACGGUGGACUCCUGAAGGCAGGCGACUUGUGACAGGUGCUUCCAGUGGGGAGUUUACUUUGUGGAAUGGGCUCACUUUUAAUUUUGAGACAAUUCUACAGGCUCAUGACAGCCCUGUCAGGGCAAUGACCUGGUCUCACAAUGACAUGUGGAUGUUGACUGCUGACCACGGAGGUUACGUGAAGUACUGGCAGUCCAAUAUGAAUAAUGUCAAGAUGUUCCAGGCUCACAAGGAGGCGAUUAGAGAGGCCAGUUUCUCUCCUACGGAUAAUAAAUUUGCCACUUGCUCUGAUGAUGGAACUGUACGCAUCUGGGACUUUCUGCGCUGUCAUGAGGAAAGAAUUCUGAGAGGUCAUGGAGCGGACGUGAAGUGUGUUGACUGGCAUCCAACUAAGGGUUUGGUGGUAUCCGGCAGCAAAGACAGCCAGCAACCUAUCAAGUUCUGGGACCCGAAGACAGGACAGAGUUUGGCAACACUACACGCACAUAAAAACACAGUCAUGGAAGUGAAGUGGAACCUGAAUGGCAACUGGCUGUUGACAGCAUCACGUGACCAUUUAUGUAAACUGUUCGACAUUCGCAACCUCAAAGAGGAGCUGCAAGUUUUUAGAGGACAUAAGAAAGAAGCCACAGCUGUGGCCUGGCACCCAGUUCAUGAAGGCAUGUUUGCCAGUGGAGGCUCUGAUGGAUCGCUGCUGUUCUGGAAUGCAGGUGUGGAGAAGGAGGUUGGUGGUAUGGAGAUGGCUCAUGAAGGAAUGAUCUGGAGUCUAGCCUGGCAUCCACUGGGCCACAUCUUGUGCUCGGGGUCCAACGACCACACCAGUAAAUUUUGGACCAGGAAUCGGCCAGGUGACAAGAUGCGGGACAGAUACAAUCUAAAUCUGUUGCCAGGGAUGUCAGAAGAUGGGAUGGAAUAUGAUGACAUGGACACCAAUAGUGUUGCAGCCAUUCCUGGCAUGGGAAUCCCAGAACAAAUGAAGGCUGCCAUGGAACAAGAGCAAACUGGUAAAGAGAUGAUGGCAGAGUCUGAGCUGAGCAUCCCAGGGCUGGACUGGGGAAUGGAGGAGGUCAUGCAGAAGGACCUGAAAAAGGCCCCGACCAAGAAAGUUCCUUAUGCAAAACCCAUUCCAGCUCAGUUUCAACAGGCUUGGGCGGAGAAUAAGGUUCCAGCGAUGCCUCCUGGAGAGGUUCCAAAGGAGAGGAAAGAUGAAAAGAAGGUCGAUAGCAAGAAGAAGACUCAAGCAGAAAUUGAGCAGGAGAUGGCUGCACUGCAGUAUACAAACCCAAUGCUACUGGAGCAACUGAAGAUUGAAAGAAUGGCGCAGUUACAAGAGCAAGGAAUGCCUCCCUUUCCAGGUCAGGGAGGUCCAAUGCCCCCUUCGCCACAAGGCUUUUCUCAAUCUAUGCCUUCCCAACAGAUGCCUCACAACAUGCCUCCAAUGGGCCCAGGUGGCCCAAUGCCUAGUGGUCCAUUCAUCCCUCCAGGCCAGAUGGGUCCAGCCGGACCUCCUAUGCACCAAGGUCACCCUCCACAGGGCAUGAUGGGACCUCCAGACAUUCAUGGACCUCCACGUCAUCCUGGCCCUCACAGGAACAUGGGACCACAGGGACCUCCUGGCAUGCCUUCGGGCCCCAGAGGCAUGCAGGGACCUCCUCCUGGAGGAAUGCCUCCAGGGUCUGGUGGACCUCCAGGUGGUAUGAUGGGACCACCACCACGAGGACAGGGGCCGCCCCAGGGUGGAAUGAUGCAUCAGGAAAUGAGGGGACCUGUGCCUCACGGAAACAUGAUGGGCCCUCAGGGGGCCAUGCCAGGGGGUAUGAUGGGGCCUCCACCCAGGACUCAUGGCAAUAUACAGGGCAUGGGAAACAUGCAUGGGAUGGGGCCUCCUCCAGGGGGGAUGCAUGGGCCACCAAACAACAUGCAGGGUCCUCCACCAUACAUGCAAGGCAAACCCCCACACAUGGGUGAUGGAAAUAGAGGACAGUUCAACCAGGGCCAGAAUCCUGGGCCUCAGUCAAUGAUGCAUGGUAUGGGGCAGCAGGGUCCUAAGGGGAAAGAUGGUCCUCGGGGUCCACCUAACCAUCAUAUGGGACCCACACCUGAGCGACAAGGCCCAGGAGGACCUGUUCAGGGCUCUGAUGUGGGCCAAUACUGGGGUGAGGAGGGAGGCUAUCAAGAGGGCUGGAGAAGGGGUCCUGGGGGUCCUGGCCAGGAAUACACGGGAGACCCCAGGGGCCACAGAGGAGGUGGCCCCGGAGGCCAAUGGGAGGGCCAAGAAAGAUUUCCAUCACAUGAUGGAGAGUUCAUGGGCCACGACGGGUAUGAUGGGUAUGAGGGCUCUGGUGAGGAGUUUGACCAAAGGCAAAGACGGCCACCGCAUGGAGAUGACUCAUACAGGAGGGGUGGUCCAAGUGGGUGUGGUGGAAUAGGGGGCUUCCAAGAGGAGUAUGGUGGAGAUGAGAGCUUUGAGUCUCAAGAAGACAUGGGCCAAGGUUGGGGAGGUAGAGGAAGAGCACGUGGCGGGCCACCAAGAGGAGGUGGUGUUGGAAGAAAGGGCCUUCUCCCAACUCCUGAUGAUUAUCCCUCUCACUUUGAAGGAGGAAGAAACCAGGAGGGCUGGGAGGGAGGGCCAGAUGCAGGUCAUGAGGGCUAUCGUGAUGGCCAACGGCCAGACCACAAUAUACAUGACAGUCCCUCCCCAGCCAGUAGAGAGCGCUCUUCUUCACUACAGGGCAUGGAUAUGGCCUCACUGCCACCACGCAAACGGCCAUGGCAUGACGGUCCUGGCACCGGUGACAUGGAUUCACCUGCCGUAGUACCUGAGGACAGAGUGGCAGGUCGACCGCCACCAAGAGAUGAAGGGGGGUAUGGGCCCCCAUCACGGGGAGGACGAGGUGGUUGGGGCCGUGGUGGGCCUACUAACCCAGGUGGUCCUGGUCCCAGCCCAACUGCAAAUCCGUUGGUCAGGCGAGGGGCUCCACGCGGUGUCAUGAGGGGUGGUCGCGGCCGGUAGGAAAGG